CUCGUGGACAUCAUGAUGCUCACCGCCAUACAACACGAAUGAUGGCGGAUUAAAUAACAAACUGAUACACGGUCAGUUGUGGUUUCGUGAUUCAUCGGAACUCAAGGUUUACUUUCACUGAGCUGAGGUGUGUUCGUGUGUGUGUGCUCUCACCUGUCGUCUCAUCUGAUGAGUUACAUUGUUACUAAGAGAAAUGAGUGACUUAUUCUACAGCCCAUUGACGGUCAUAUGUGCUGGAUCCAGCUUGGCUUUCUCUGCGGUGUUUUAUAAGCUGUACAAAGAUAAAAAACAAGAGACACAGAAGCUGAAGGAGAUCCCACACUUUCAGCCAGACCAUAACCUGCUCAGAAUACUGAACGCAACCCCACACAAAAGACUUCAUUAUGUUGCUGUAGACGGUUUGGUGCAGGCUAACGGAGAGCCUAUUACCAGCCAAUACGCACAACGCUGUCACGGCGUUGUGCAGAAAAUCACUGUGCAGGAGCAUUGGAAGUAUUGGAACUCAAUGAUGAAAUCAUGGGUCUCCAAAACGGUGAACAAGAAGGAAACCAACAACACGGUGCCUUUCAGCCUGGUCCAGCCCGGAUCAUAUGUCAACGAGGUCUCCGUCCAUGUGGAUUCUCCUCUGGAGGCGGCCGGGGAUUACCUGGAGCAGGUGCACAAACGCCUCCGACAGGCUCAAGAGGGCCUGGUGGGCAUUGUGCUCCACGAGUUCAGCGGGGAGAAGCCCGUUGCUCUAGAGGAGCGUGAAGAGAUGCUGCGGGUCGGGUCUUUUCUCACAGGGUUCGGAGAGCUCGUGCUGGAGCAGGACAAGGUUGUGAAGUUGCGGCCACCUAGAGACGGCCGCAGUUACAUCCUGAUCGCCAGCGAUUACAAGAGCUUCAUUCAGCGGCACGAGAACAGCGCCAACAUGUGGAAAGGGCUGACAGCGCUGUUCGGCAUCACUGGGGUCACGCUGCUAGCUGGUUUCAUCCAUACUGGACUCAAGGAUAAGAAGAAGUGAUUGAGUCUUAUCACUACUACGCACGAGAACAGAUUUACUUUGAGUGGUUGGUGCUGUUUAAAUGGGUUGUGGAUUUAUAAGUGGGAGGAUGUCUGGGUACUUGAUUGAAAUCUGCUAAAGCUUUGGUUUCCAAUAAUUUUUUUUUGAUUAAGAUGUUUAAGAAUUAUGAAAUGUACGCAACAUGCCACACUAGGUAAAUAAACAACUAUGUGCUGCAA